AUGCCCGAGGCGGGUGGCGAGCUUCCACCCGGCGGCCCUGACUUCUCUACUCCUUUGCCGGCGCGAACGAAGAACCCGCGCGACAUCCUCAAUGACGGUGAACGAGGCUUCAUUGUGGACCUGAAAAUCAACCUGCAAGUGGAUAUCCAUAUCAAGGCGAAGCUGAUGGGUGAUUUGACCUUAUCCGUUCUGUAA